AGUGAAGUAGAAAUCGGGCCCUGCCGCAACUCCCGCUUCUUGCGCCCGCUGCGGCUCCACUAUACUCAGGACAUCCCACUGCCAGGAUGAGGUUGGCUAAACCAGUAACCUUAUCCCAUGCAGAAGGGCACUAGGAGGAUAACGGCGUCCGGAAGGAAUGGGACUUCAUGAAAACACAUGACAGUGUUUCAGUGCUGAUCUACCAUCCCAUGCGGGACUCCUUUGUGUUGGUCAAGCAGUUCCGUCCAGCUGUCUAUGCGUGCGAGUGUGCAAGGCAAGGUAUACUGCCCAUGGUCGAUGCAGUGUCCAUGGAUGCAGAUCCCCAGGCCCGUGUGCCAGUGCAGCCUUUACCUGCCUCUGCUGGAAUCACAUACGAGCUUUGUGCCGGAAUUGUUGACAAGCCGGGACUUUCACUGGAGGAAACAGUCAAGGAAGAGAUCCAGGAGGAAUGUGGCUACAGGGUGCCAUUAGAAAGCCUACAGAAGAUUACCUCGUACAGGUCGGGUGUUGGGCUGACAGGAGCCAAGCACACCAUGUUUUACGUGGAGGUUUCGGAUGACAUGCAUAUGGGAACGGACGGUGGGAAGCCCGAGGAGGGAGAGCUGAUUGAAGUGGUUCACCUCCCCCGGAAAGACUGGCAGACCUUUGUCCUCGACGAGUGCAUCCCAAAAACAGCAGGCGUGAAUUUUGCUUUUAUGUGGUUUCAGGAAAGGAUCGCCUCCCGCCUACAGGCUUCCAAAUACCUCUUGUCUUCCUCGUGACGGGACAACAGUUGAGCAUCUGUCUCUGGAUUGUGGCUGAACCAGCAAAAGUUGGCUUCCAUUUGUAACACCAUCUCUCAGCUUUAGGGUCUAGUAAAAAAAUUAAACGAAGUUCACUUGAAGUUAUUCCUCUCUGUUGAUGGGCAGGAAAGUAAUAUUGUUAGUGAGAGAUCUUCACUGGGUGAAGUUGAUUGGAGGUGGUCAUGGGUUUAUACAGCCCUUCGGCACAAUUGGUCCAUGCUGACUAAGAUGCCCUAUCUAAUGAGUCCAAUUUGUCUGCAUUUGGCCCAUAUACCUCUAUAACUUUCCUCUUCAGGUACCUGACCAACUGACAUGUAAACAUUGUUACUUUACCUGCCUCAACAACUUGCUGUGGCAGAUUCAGAUACAUGUUCAUUUAUAUACUGUCUGUACAUUGAAACACAGUGAGAUGUGUUGUUUGCAUUAACGACCAGUACAAUCUAAGGAUGUGGUGACGGCAACUCAGAAGUGUAGCCAUGUGUUCUUGCAGCCUGUUCCAUAUUCAGGCCACCUUUUGGGUGAAAAGGUUGCCCUUCAAGUUCCUAUUAAAUAUUCCCCUCUGACCUUCUACCUAUGCCUUCUAGUUCUUGAAUCCCAAGUUCUGGGGAAAAGUCCGUGCACAUUCCUCUUAUCUAUGUCCCGCAUAGAACAGUCAGCACAUUACAGACCCUUCAUCCCACAAUGUUGUGCUGACUUUUUAACCUACUCUAAGAUUAAUCUAACCCCUCCCUCCCAUAUAGCUCUCAAGUUUACUUUCAUCCAUGUGUCUAUCUAAGAGUAUCUGAAAUGUCUCUAAUGUAUCUGCCCCUACGACCGCCUCUGGCAGGGUGUUUCACGCACCUACCACUCCCUGUGUAAAAAGCCUAUCUCUAACAUUGCCCCUAUACUUCCCUCCAAUUACCUUAAAAUGAUGCCUCUUGAAUUAGCCAUUUCCACAGCAGAAAAGAAUCUCUGGAUUUCCACUUUAUCUAUGCUUCUUAUCAUCUUCUAUACCUCUAUCAAGUCACCUCUCAUCCUCCUCUGCUUCAAAGAGAAAAGCCCCAGCUUACUCACCCUAUUCUCAUAAGAUGUACUCUCUAAUCCAGGCAACAUCCUGGUAAAGCUCCACUGCACUCUUCCUAAAUUUUCCACAUUUUUCCUAUAAUGAGGUGACUAGAACUGAAUACAACAUUCCAAGUGCGGUCUAACCAGGGUUUUAUAGAGCUGCAAUGUUACUUCGUGGCUCUUGAACUCAAUCCCCUUAUUAAUGAAGGCUAAUGCACCAGGCACCUUCUUAACCACACAGUCAUAUUGCAUGGCAACUCUGAGGGAUCUGUGGACAUAGAUCCCAAGAUCCCCCUGUUCCUCCACACUGCCAGGAAUCUUGCUGUUAACCUUGCAUUCAAGUUCAACCUUCAGAAGUGUAGCAUUUCACACUUUUCUGGUUUGAGGUCCUUCUGCCAUGUCUCAGCCCAGCUCUGCAUCCUGUCAAUGUCCGAUUGUAACCUAUGACAACCUUCUAUACUAUCCACAACACCACUAAUGAACAACUGCAGUAGGAACUCAACGGGUCAGGAAGCAUCUGUGGAUGGAAAUGAACAGUUUAUGCUUUGGGUUGAGACCCUUCACCUGGACUGAAGAAAAGUUCAUGUGGAGGGUCUCGCCCCAAAGCAUUGAUUGACAAUUUCCCACCACAGAUGCUGCCUGACCUGCUGA